AUGGGAGAUUCGAAGCUGCGUUCUGAGGUCGAUGCAAUCCUCCGGAAUCAUAUCACCGCGGGCGGGGCAUCAGUGGCCAUCGCGUCCAGCCAGGCAGAGCCUUUCUGUUUCCAUACAGGCCUCGCAGACAUCAAAACGUCCAAACCCGUGGACAGCACGCAUCUAUUUGGCAUUGGAAGUAUCACCAAGGUAUUUGUAGCAGUCGUAGUCUUGCAGCUGGUGGAAGAGGGCAAGCUCGCACUUCAAGACACUGUUCAAGAACACCUUCAUCCAGAUAUUUACCGCGAUAUUGACGAUGCGCAAAAUGCAAGCAUAUUGCAGCUUCUAAAUCACACAAGUGGCAUCGAUAGCUGGGAAGAUGAUUCCACCUGGCUCAUCGACGCAAGAGGCGCCAGGAUCCAGCUCGACCGGAUCUGGCAGAAGACUGAGCCAUUGGACUACAUUUGUCGCCCAAAGAAGACAGCUCCAAGUCCAGGGACAUGGUCUUAUGCAAAUACGAAUUAUACACUACUCGGGUUGAUUGUUGAGAAGAUCACAGGAAGUUCAGCAGAAUCCGAGAUCCGCCAACGCAUCUUGCAACCUCUAGACCUGAAGCUGACGUUCUUGGAUGGAUUCGAGAGUUGUCCCGGAGGCGGUACCGUUGCUAGCCGAUAUCACUACGCUUCUCAGCACUUUCGAAAUACGGCAGGAGUUUGCAAUGCAUUCUCCUCAGUUCAAGAGGACAUCAUCGACGUCACAGGCUCGAAUCUUUCGGUUUUAUGGAUGGCAGGUGGCAUGAUCUCGCAUCCUUUGGAUCUCGUCAAGUUCGCUCUAGCGCUGAAAACCGGGGCGCUGCUGAAACCGCCGUCGAUGGCACUGAUGCACGAUUUCGUUCCCUCGACUUUGCCUGGUCAUGAAAUGGGCCGCGGUGUAUUCAGACAGAUCAUUCCUGGUCAAGGAGCCUGGGUUGGACAUUCUGGGGGUGUCCUAGGCUUUUCGGCUCAGCUGUGGUGGAAGGAAGAUGGAGACUGUAUUAUGUGCGUGCUGGCUAACGUCGGUACUGUGAAUGCAGGCAAAGUGGACUUUGGCACGAGCCCUAUUGUGCAACGAUCGAACUUUCUCGGGCUGGCCUACGAUCUGGUCAAACGCUGAUUGCCUGAACGACCCCUAAGCAGACCGCCAACCAGCAGGUGCUACCUCCCGCCUGCCUCAUGGGUAAGAUCGUUCCACUAGUGUG